AUGGCCGGCGCGGGUGAAGCGGUCGUGGUGGGCGUGCGUGUGAGGCCCUUCAAUGACCGGGAGAUCAACUUGAAUGCGGUGACCUGCAUUGAAAUGGAAGGGCCCACCACGCGGAUCCGGAAUGUGGACUCGGGCGACGAGAAAGCGUUUACCUUUGACGAGUCCUUCUGGAGCCACGACGGCUUCGAGGAUGACGGCACUGGCUACCUGCGGCCGGUGGGUGGAAGUAAAUACGCAGAUCAGAGAUACGUGUUCGAUACUUUUGGGCAGAGAGUUCUGGACAAUGCCUGGAAUGGCUUCCACUGCUGUUUGUUUGCCUAUGGUCAGACAGGAGCUGGCAAGAGCUAUUCUAUGGUUGGCUAUGGCAACAACAAGGGCAUUGUGCCGAUCUCAUGCGAGGAGAUUUUCUCCCGCAUCGGCAAGGAGAAGGAUCCCACCAAGCGGUACGAAGUCACCGUCUCAAUGAUUGAGAUCUACAACGAGGCAAUCCAGGACUUGCUUAUCGACCCCCAGCAGAGACCAAAGAAGGGCUUGGAGAUUCGAGAGUCCAAGGCCCUGGGCAUCUACAUCGAUGGUGUGAUCAAGCGGCCGGUGGAGAGCUACGAGUCCAUCGAGACCACCAUUGAGGAAGCCACCAACCACAGAAGAACAGUGGGGUCCACCCUCAUGAACGCGACGUCCAGCAGGGCGCACACAGUGCAGAUCAUUGAGUUCAAGGCCGUGAAGGAUGGCUCGGCCAUGGUGUCCAUGAUCAACCUGGUGGAUCUCGCCGGCAGUGAGAAGGCCGGGCAGACGGGCGCUACCGGAGAUCGCCUCAAAGAGGGCUCCAUGAUCAACAAGUCCCUCAGUGCUCUGGGCAACGUCAUCGAGAAGCUGGCGGAAAAAGGCUCCGAGAAGAAGAAGAAUGUCUUGAUCCCCUACCGCGAGUCCAAGCUCACGCGGCUGCUGCAGAAUGCGCUGGGCGGGUCCAGCAAGACCAUCAUGAUUUGCGCUCUCUCGCCGGCCUCUUCCAACCACGAAGAGACCCUGUCAACUCUGCGGUACGCAGACCGGGCGAAGAAGAUCAAGAAUCAUGCUGUGGUGAAUGAGAACCCUCAGGAGCGGCUCAUGCGGGAGCUGCGUGAAGAGAAUGAGAAGCUCAAGAAUAUCUUUGUGGGGAUGCAGAGCGGCGUGAUGCCUGACGCGAAAAGUAUUGAGGAGAUGGGCUUGCGGCAGCAAGAGAUCGCUGCCAUGGAAGGGGCGCUGGCGGAGUUGAACAAGAGCUGGGAAGAGAAGGUGGCGGAAGCGAAGGAGCAGCAAGAAGCUGCGCGGCGGCGGCGGUCUUCUCUGGCGGUGGACUCGCAGCAGCCCAUGAUGGUCAACCUCAACGAGGAUAAGACCCUGACCGGCAGAAUCCGGCACGCCUUCGCCGAGGGCCGGAACUUGAUCGGUGGGCUCGGAGACGAGGAUAGCGAUUCCGAUGACUCCGAUGACAGCUCGGAUGAGAGCAGUUCAGGCAGCGCCAAGGGUACCUUGGAGGAGCAUCCGCAGAUCGAGCUGGGGGAGGGCGUGCGGAGCCUGGCCGUGGUCUUCCGGGACCAGGACGACUGCAUUUUGUACGCCGCCAGCUACGAGGGCCUUACAAAAACCUACGUUAACGGCAAGAGUCUGCAGCAGCUGCUGACCGACCAAGGCGUUGACGAGAAAGACCAGAUUUGCCGGCAGCAGCAGAAGCCAGAGACCUCCGGCAUCGAGCUGACGCACAAGGACAUCCUGGUCUUUGAAAGGCACUUCUUUGUCUUUGUGUCCCCGUCAUUCUGCGCGCCGGAGAUCCUCAUUGCCAGCGGCCAGGUGGACUUUGCUCAGGCCAAGCGCGAGUGGCAAAUGGAGCAGCUCUCGGGUAUUCACUCCUCGCUGAUUGCGGGCAGCCGGGUGGGCAUCGCCGGCGGCCGCACCGAGGAGCUCGUGGAGAUGGAGACGGUCGUCGAGGCGCAGAAAGCGGAGAUCGCCGAGCUCAAGAGAGAGCUGGCCACUGCCAAGGCGGAGAUCGACCGCUACAAGAAGAUUGCAGGCGGGCGUCUGACAGCGGCGGCGGUGGCCAAUCUGCUGGGUGGGGAGAUGAGCGGGGAGGGGGAUGUAGAUGCACAGCCGGAGAAGAUCUCCGACGUCAUCAAGAAGACCUUUGCAGAUGCCAUCGACAAGAUGAGCGCUGUGGACGCAAUCUUUGCCAAGAAGGUGUCCUGGCGAGAGCUGCGGGAAGGUAUGCGCCCCAAAGGCGGAGCGCCUAACGGCAUCCUGAGGUCGGGCAAAGACUCGCCCCGGCGGCAAAUGCGGCUUGGGCUUCAUGGGCCCUGGCUUUGCGUUUUUACGGUGCAAAAUGACCCCGGCGCUCUUCAGCCCAUUUUUGACACCCCGAUUGGAGCCAAAGAUCUGGCCAACGCCAUGCGCUCCCGGGGCGGCACGGAGGAGAGCGAAACGGAAGGGACAGGGUACGGGCCAAAACUGGAGCUCUUCGGACCACAUUUGAAGGACACCAAGAGGUCCAAAGAGAAGGCCUCCACUCCUUGCGGCGCGCCGGGGGGGGUGGGCUUGCCACGGAUUUGGACCUUGCCGGCGCCCACUUUGGUCUCCAAAGUCACCCUGCUGCGGCAGUCCUGGCACCUGAGCGAGGCCCGGCCGACAUUGGGAGGUGACUACAAGAAGACUUCCUUUCGAUGGAACAUACGCCACAUGCUGUCGCAGCCCAACGGGUCUCACAAAGUAGACAAUCUUGUGCUGAAGGAGCCUCCGCUGCUUCAGGCGAAGCUGGACAAGGCCGAACAGGAGCUGAAAGGCCUUCGAGCCAAAGUGGCGGAGGUGCCCUUGCUCCCCCCUGGGCGGGCGGGCCAGGGCCGAAGGAUGAAAGGAAAGUCCUGGCCCGCGCGGCCGGCAGCCGGCGUCAGGCCGGCCAGACCCGCAGCGGCCACUCCGAGGCCAGCCUCUCCGGCAGGUGUGAGGCCGCCCCAGAAGGUGGCGGGUGUGCGACCCGCAGGGCCGCAAGGUGUUCGACCUGGUGCCCCGCGGCCGCAAACUCCUGUGCAAGCGCCUGGCGUGAAGCGGCCAGGAGAGGUGGCCGCAGCUGGUGGGGUCAUCAAGAAGCCAGCCUUGCCGGCAACCGCAGUGGGGAAGGAUGCCCCCAAGUUCAGCGUGACCAGCCAAUCCAAGACAGAUGACAUUGGCAUCCAGACCUUGGUGGGCGACUAUGCGGACAAAGGCGCCAACCACGGGAAGAGGUUUUACCAGAAGAUCCAGAAGAUUCCGGGGCACGAGGAGAUCAAGGUCUUCCUCUACUUUUGGGACAAUCGAGACGAUGGGGCUGACUUCAGCGGCUGGUGGUUCGGAGAUCAGGUGGGCGGCACGCAGGUGUGGGCGCGCAACCCCUCGCAGUUGCCCAUCCCGCCGCGCACGGGGUGGAAAGUUCCUUGGGACAGCGCUACAGCAAAGCCAGGCCUCCUCUUCGUUGACCCCUUCAAGGCGCCCGCAGCCACUCCUGCGGCCAGCCCUGCGGCGUCACCAGCGACAACGCCAAGGGCGCCGGGCGCGCAAGACACCACGCCCAACGGCCUGUCUGCCAGGGUGAAGAAGGCAACUACUCAGGUGGAGCUUGCCGAGAAAGGCGCCACGGCUGCCGCGCAGAAGGCCAAGACGACCCUUGCGGGCUCGCCAGCGGAGGCGGGGCUGAAGGAGCUGCAGCAGCAGCUGGCGAAGCAGCAGGUGGCGCUGGCGGAGGCCCAGAAGAGCACUACCCAGGAGGUGAACGAGCUCAAGAAGUUGGGCUCGGCUGGGGCUGCAUCGGUCGGGGAAAUCUCCAAGCUGAUGCCCAAGAUCCGCGCGGCUCAGACGGCGCUGGUGGAACAGAGCAACGCGGUUCGCGCGCUGCUGGCGCCCGGCGGUGCUGCGCUCAAGGAAAAGAACAAGGAGAAGGAAGAGAAAGACUUGAAGGAAUUUGAAGAGGGACUGCCGGCAGCGAAAGAUUUGACCUCGCUGGCUGAGGAGUCGGUCGUGGCCAUUGUCACAAUGGCGGAGCCCAUCAUGUCAAAUCCCCCGCCUGAGGGCAGCGAGGAUCUCAAGAAGGCCCUGGACGAGGUUGAGACCACCGCCACAGACGCCCAGAACAAAAUCACCGAGGCGAGGAAGACCAUUACGCAGAAGCUGGCGACGGCUCGGAGUUAUGCGAUAGAGACGCGCAAGACGGCCAUCGCGGAGUAUGGGGCGCUGCAGGCGAAGCUGACAGAGUCCCAGAAGAAGCUGAUGCCCUUCAGGACCUUCAAGCGAGACUUCCAGGCCAAGGUCAAGGCGAAGCAGGCGCUGGGGGAGCUGGCCGACAAGCUGAGCGCGGCGGAGCUGGAGGUGGAGAAGGCGGCAAUGAUGAGCAUCGCCGCAGAGAGCGGCCAGAUGAGCGAGGAGGAGAUCGCGGCGUGCCAGAAGGUGGCGGAGCCUGCCCAGGCGGCAGUGAUGGCGGCGGUGAAAGAUGUGGAUCUCAAGCUGAAGACAGCGCAGGCCGCUGUGAAGGAGGAGCUUUCCGCCCUCAAGGACCGCGGAAUGGAGCUGAAGAAGAAGUGCGAGACUGUGGUGAGCACCAUGAAGGUUCAGAAGCAAGGCAUCUCAGCGCAGACCAUGGCGGCGACCAUCACCGAGAAGGUGGCGGCCGCCGAAGAGGCGCUGGGCUUGUGCCAGGACGCCGAGAUGCCGUUCCUCAAGGGCAUCGAGGUGCUGCCGCCAGAGGAGUCCGCCCAGGCCAUCGGGGACUGCGAGGCGUCGGCGGCCAAAGCAGAUGCCGCGCUGAACCAGGCACGGACUCUUGUCCGCACCAAGCAGGCGGAGGUGAAGCAGAAGUUCCCCAAGGACUUGCAGGAGAAGACGCUCAAUCAGCUGUCGCAGCUUGGCCUGCGGGUGGAGAACUGCGGCAAGAAGAUUGCCGACUUCAAGAAGGAAACCGCCGAGAGGAAACUGAAUGCUCUGUUGGCGGAGGUGGUGGAAGCCAUCACUGCGGCGGAGCAGAAGGUGAAGGCACACGCAGAGGUGGCGAAAGUGUUCUCGGAGGACUUGAACACUGUGACGGAGGAGUCAAUCAAGGAAGCCAUGGAGAAGGUGGGUGACCUCGAGAAGGAAGCCACUGCAUCCCUGGCGGAGGCCCGAAAGCUGAUGACGGCCAAGCAGAAGGAUGCCAAGGGGCCCGCAGCGAGCGGUGCGAUGCAGAAGCUGCAAGGCCGCGUCAAGACGUCCAUGGAUGAGCUUGGCAAGAACCGCAAGGCGUCUACUUACGGGGACAAGCUCAUCAAGGGCAAGGAGGCCCUGGCAGAGGAGAUGGUGAACGUGGACAAGGCUGAGUCCGAGGUGGCCAAGGUGGAGAAGCUGGCGGUGCCGGUAGAGGCGGUGGAGACCCCCACGGACGAGGAAUGCGCCGAGCUGGGUGAUGCCAUAGUGAGCGCCCAGAACAGCAUCAAGAGUACCACCAAGUCAGUGGAGGCGAAUCUGUCCGUGCCGGUGCCAGCCCUGAAGCUGGCCUUCAACAAAGUCGCGGAGCGCACCAAGAAAGUCCAGGAGCGCCUCGACAAGGUGCUGGCCGGCAAGAAGGGCCUACGGGAGCGUUCCCUGGGCGAGGCAUAUGUCCGUGAGGGCAAGAAGAAGACGGACCAUGUGGACAGCCUUGUGGAGAAGGUGAACGACGCUGAGCUCCCAUUCCUGAAAGGCAUCGAGGUGCUGCCUCUGACUGAGGCGGCCUCCACCAUCGAGUGCUCCGAGAAGGCGGCCGGGGAGCUGCAGCUGGGCAUCACCGAGGCGCGGAAUUUCCUGGCAGCGAAGAGCGUGGAGCUUCGGGCCUUCUCCGACAAGGAGAAGAGCAAGCCGCUUCUGGAGGAGCUCACGUCUCUCACCUCCCGUAUCAACUCUGCGGCGCAGAAACAUGCAUCGUUCAAAAAGGACACAGAUGCCCGGAAGAAGAACGCGUCGCUGCAGGAGGCCCAAGAGCGCCUCGCCAAGCUGCAGCAGGAGGUGGACAAGGUCACAGAGAGCGUCACACCACUCGACGACGAGGAAGUUGCUGAGAAGCUCGGAAACGACGAGGCGAAAGCCAUCUGCGAGAAGGUGAGCGAGCAGGCCAAGGCUGCGCAGGAGUCCCUGGACCAGGUGAGGCACUUCCUCACGGCGAGGCAGAAGGAGAACCAGGGCAAUGCACAAAACACCGAGACCGUGAAGGGCCUACAGGGCAAGCUGGCGGCGGCAAACACGGCGCUGACCAAGGCGAAGAAGAUCGUGUCUACCCGGGAGGGCGCCUUUGUGGCGAAGGAGCUCAUGGCCGAGGUGGAGCAGAUGAUGUCUUCCCUGGACACUGAGGUGAAGGCGGUGGAGACGGCCUGCGCGCCGCUGCUGGAGGGCGGCGAGGAGUUCCUGGUCGCGGCGAGCCUGAAGACGCUGGCGGCGGCCUGGCGCGCCCACAUGACCGAGAAGAGUCUGGACAUCGACGGUCUCUUCAAGGCGAUCGGUGGCGGCAACGCAGUGCCAGAAGCGGACUUCCUCGCCUACCUGGAGAAGCUGCCCGAGGCCAUCGACCACCCAGAGGUGGAGUUUAGCGAGGAGAUCGAAGAAAGGCCAUCGCAAAGGCCAUCGCAAGGCUGGUGGACGCAGAUGGCGAUAGCAUCUCCGCUGCAGCGUUCAAGGAAGUCUUCCGCCAGAAGUUCGCAUGCAUCAACGGGAUCUCGAUGA